UGCAUAUGCAGCUGUCACAAAAACAAAAACAGAGCAUUUUCGGGUCCGAGGUGUGUACCUUUGCGUUAGAAAAUAGGAAAGUUAUCAAUAAAAUUAGUAAUUUUGUAUUGAGCCAGGAAAAACCUUCCAUAAUGGAAACUCAGAACGCUAAUUUAGGACGUGUGAAGCGGGUGAUUCAAGCGCCCAAGCCGGAACCCACAAAACCAACGACCAGAUCUGAGAAUGUUUCGAAGAAAAAUGAACCAGCACUGAAUGUGGACUCCCUGCGGAACAUUGCGUGCUGCCUGUGCUUUGAAACGAAACCGGAUGUGCCCAGAGUUUCCGCGUUCAGUCCAUUUGCUGAUCGGGCGUUUUUGAGCGAUAUCAUUCAAACUUGUUUCGGAGUGGACAUCGAUGAGGAACACUUUUGCACCGAAGUAUGCCAACGGUGUCUGGUGAGAAUUGAUAUAACGUGGAAGUUCUACACGCAGGUGAACGCCAAUGCCAAGGCAUUGAAGGAUUUAUAUCGCUCCAUGACCAUCAAAGAAGAACUAUCAGAAACCUGUAAUAUCAAGAAUAAGCAAGAGAUCACUAAACCUAAAAAGGUAUCGGGCAUCCAGAGUCAAAAUGUGCCGAGGUAUAAAAAACAGAUUGAGAAUACACCAAAGACUCGAGUGGCAAAUACGCCUAUAAGAAAAGAGAAAGAUAUUCCACUAGAACCUCUUAUCAGCACGAAACCGGAACCAUAUACAUCAUCCGACGAGGAAAGCGAUAGCGACAGCCUAACAGAGCAUCCCUUCUUUGCCGAGAAUUCGACGUCCGUCUACAACUGCCACCUCUGUCCGCAAACCUUCGACAAAUCCCAGGCGCUUCACGUUCACCAGCUGAAUGCCCAUGGGCCAGGCAACGAUCAGAUACUGUGCCACCUGUGCGCCAAAUGGUUCAGUCCUCGACACUUCAACGACCAUGUGCGAAACAUCCAUCAGGAUGAGAAGUGCGUUUGUACGGUAUGUGGCCAGACGUAUAGUUCGAGCACCAACUUGAUUCGUCACAUGCGUAUCCACACGAAGGAACGUCCGUAUAAGUGUAAACUGUGUCCUUAUGCGUGCAAUCAGUCAACGGCCCUCAAGCAGCACGUUUUAAGGGUACACAUGGGCGUGAAACCGCCCUCUAAGUCAAAGCCCAAGAAGCCCAGAAAGCCUAAAGUACCAACGUAUGCCUGCGAGAGUUGUGAUACCACGUUUUAUCACGCUCUAUCGCUUAACAGACACGUCUCAAGAGUGCACAUGGGCAUAAAACCACCGCCUAAGGCUCAACCCUCGGAUGGUGCCCCCAUAAAAGCGCGCGCUUCGCGACUCCUCCCCUGCCCAGUGUGCGACAAAUCGUUCUUCCUGCAAAGCAAACUGAUAACGCACCUCGAAGAAACCCAUCCGGACCACAAGGCGAACAUCAUCCAGUGCGAAGACUGUCCGGAGCGGUUCCUUAGGAAGCGAGGCUACUACAACCAUCGGCUCUAUCGGCACUCGGAGAAGACGCACAAGUGUGACCACUGCGGGGAAGUCCAACCAUCGGCACCCGUGCUGUACAAGCACAAGCAGAAAUGCUAUCAGAGCGAACUGGAAGCCGGGGGGUCGCAGCUGUAAAUGAGACUCUAAUGGUACUGUACAUAGUCAAAAGUUGUUCGACUCCCUUUUAUAUCUAAUUGAACUAUUACCUAUAAGGUUCGCGAUGUAGUUUAACAUAAGCUUUGAAAUACAUGAAACAUGAAAUACA